AUGAACUCAAUAAACCCACAUUCUCCCCUUAAGGCCUACGCUAGUGAUCCAGAAGACCCCAACAGUCUUGUGAGAUUACUGGAUCUCGACCUAGGGGAGGACUUACCAAUACCACUCACCGCCGUUGCGGGCUCGUACAACUACGGCACUGACUUGGGAACUGCUCUUCCUGAGCAGAUUACCACGGAACCCGUGCUAGAGAACGAUUACAUCGCCAGAAAAAUCGACGCUGGGCUCGACAUGGCGGAGAGACGCCCGUGGAACCCACCUUCGAGGCGAAUCUCCAACGGAAACCUCGAUGCUUUGGGCACGAAAACCCGAAGAACAGCGGCUAGGAAUCCGGGCCCCGGUCCACGGAGAAGCAAGCGCCAACCUACACCAGAUCAGACGCAGCUUCUGCGUUCUCUGCGAGAGGCAACGACCUCCUCGGAUGAAUCUGAUAUCAUGCCUUCACCACCCAUCGCGCAGACAGUCUCCACGGACUCUAGUCCAGCUGCUGAUCCACCCUUUCCACGACGACUGUCUGAAUUAUCCGAUGAAACAUUAUAUCCUUCAUCACUGAAGCAGCGCGGAGUUCAUGUGGACAAUAUAAGUGUGCGUAGCUCUCUCAGUCGACAAAGCUCAGUUGACAACGCCUCGGAAGUCUCGUGGAACCUAGAGCGGGACAUUCACGAAGACAAUUUGCAACGAACACGACCAGGUCAAUACCGCGAAGAACCUCAUGGCCGGGAUAUUACAAAACCACCUCGUCGGCCGUCAGGCCUUUCCAUGAUUCAAGACACGAUACUCGAACAGGACGAAGGGGAGGAGGAGGAGGAGGAGGAUGAGGUGGAGGAUGAGUUGAUCAUGGAGCCUGAAGAUGACGUCGAGGCACUCACUUCGCCCGAUUCGCCGGAGGAAUGGGAAGCGCCGGCGCGGACCAUCAUUCCGCAGGAAUUCCGCUCUAAGACCUCCUCAGUCACGUCAAACGAUGAUACAUAUCAUGAGAUAGACGUGGCCCGGCAAACCUGGUCGGCAAAGUCUUCACGACAGGUCGGAGGCGUAAUGGGCGGAUUGUGGACAUCAAAGCGACGAAUCAACUGGUCGCGAGUGCUCAUGAUCAUGUUAUUUCCUUUGGGACUUCUUUGCUGCUUUUACUACCAGGGCAGGCUAGCCUCCCUCCUCCACAGCGACGCCCUGGGAAGGAUUCGCUGGUGUCUCCCUUUUGGACAACCUCCGUUCGACGUCCCAUCAAACUUUACCGACUCUGCUGCCUUCCACGGGUUGCAAAGUCAAGUGAGAAAUGUUAACUCCAAGGUUUCCUCACUAUCGCGUGAGCUGGACUCUUUGCGCUCUGAACUGGCUCACUCGCCCCGGGCUCCCAUCGACUAUACCGGUGUACCUCCCAAGCCAGCACCAAAAAUCAAUUUCUUAUCGCCAGGAAAUGGAGCAAUAGUUCAUCCUGAUCCAAAGAAGACAUCGCCGGACGCGGGGCACAAACAGUCGUUCAUCCAAAAGAUCGGCCACAAACUUCUUCGAGGCAAGGCCAAAGUCCCAACGCCCCCACCCCCUAUAGUCGCCCUCCAGCCCUGGAGUGAUAUCGGUGACUGUUGGUGCGCCUCACUGCGGAACGGCCAAUCUCAAUUGACCGUUCAAUUACAGCGUCCGAUUGUUCCUGAAGAGUUGGUGGUUGAACAUAUCCCGCGAAGCAUAACCCUCAAUCCACAUUCUGCGCCCAAGGACAUUGAAGUCUGGGCACGUUAUGGGGUGUCUCCGCUCUCAAAUAUGCAGGUCGAGAACAAAACAAAGACCUCGGCGAGGUGGUCGUUGCCCGAUCUCUGGCCAAGUCGAACGCCGGAAGUCAAUGAGCCUGAACAUGCAGCUCCAUCGAAACCUGCGGUGACCAAGGAGACCCUUCCUCUUGUGGUAAUGAAUACGCUCCGUAUAGCCAACCAAGGCGUGGCAGAACGCGAAUAUUCCAACGAUCCCGAGCUGGGUCCCAGAUUUUAUCGCAUUGGAACAAUGAAGUACGACAUCUAUGCUGUAGACAACGUGCAGUAUUUCCCCUUUGACAGCAUCAUCGAGAUUCCUCAUCUUCGUGUGGAUCAGUUGACGUUCCGGAUGAAAUCAAACUGGGGCGCGAACCAAACCUGCAUCUACCGGCUGAAGCUUCACGGUCAUCUGUGA